AUGCUCAAUUUUGGAGCGGAGUACGGCUUGAAAGGGUACAUUGAACCGGAUCGGUUCUUGACAGAUGCCAACAAGGUGGGAGUAGAAAAGUUAGCAGUGAGCGCAGUGAAGCCUGAGAUGUUGACCACACAACCUGUCCGCCUUGCCUCAUUCGACCAUGGAGAUUUACUGGGCCCGAUGAGCGUUUUCCUCGUGAAGGGGUGGUCGAGAUGUGUGGCUGCAGUGGUUUUGCUUUUGUAUGCAUACGAAUCGCCAGAAGAUGUUUUCCAGGCCUGGGCUUGCGCAGUACUAGUAGGUUGCUUGCAAUCCUUGGUCAUCCUUUCCAUUUUCCUUGAGUUUGAGCCAGUGCUUAUCCAGAUGUCGAGAGGCAUGGCCCGCGGAACUGAAGGAGUUCCUCAGCAAGCAUUUGCAUGA